UUCUGCCGCUGCCAGGUCUAGUGAUCUUAGUUUACACUGAACGCUCGAAGCGUACGAACACGCAAAAAAAGUCAGAAACGUUCCUACUUACAAGUGCUCCAUUCAGACCGCGUUACGGACGAUCGCGCACACUUCGGCCGAGAUUUAUUGUGAGCUAAACAACCCCCCAAAGCCAGCAUCAUCACGUUGAAAGACGAACAGCGGCUCAACGCGUUGGACACGUUAGUAGACAGUUUGAAGCCGCUGGUGAACGAGAUGCAUAUUCAUCCGAGCUCGCCGAAUUCGUCCCAGUCGGAGGAUGACGCCGCCACGAAAAUCCAAGCCGGAUUCCGUGGCUACCGGGUGCGAAAGCAAAUCCGCCAGAACAAGGGCGGAAAUGGAUCGUCGACUGCCAGCGGAUCCAACGGUCAGCAGCGAUCACCGAAGGUCGGCAAGAAAAUCGGUGCAAGCCUAGAGGACAAUUCGGCGGUGAAGAUACAGGCCGGAGUACGGGGCUUUCUGGUGCGUAAGCGACAGAAAGUGGCCACCGAAGCUGCCACCAAGAUUCAGGCUAGCUUUCGUGGGUUCAAAACACGCAAGGACCUGAAAACGACCAAAACGGAGAAGUAAUGAGAGCGAACCUCGCGAACAAUUCCAGAGAAUUGCUGCCGAAUCAGUCAGUGACCACAAAGAAACGGAGACCUAUUUUAAUUGUAGUUAGUUAGCAGUGUGACUUUUUUUAUAGAUAGAAAUGUUGUACAUUUGAAUCAUAAACAGUAAUCUUACCCAGAUUGUACCACAAGUGGCAUGAGGUUGAAGAGUUCGAAAAAAAACAAAAACUGUGAGUCAGAGUCUCGACCCCGGACGGUCAAUAACAAAUUCCAGUGAUGUUCUGGAACUGGUACUCCCGUUCGAAUAUGGUUAUUGCUUACUCACAGUGGGAUCUGACCAUUUUGCCAUGAUCUGGCACUCUGCUACUGAUUCUCAACAACAGAAGAUGAAGGAAAAAAACAAGUGUUGCUUCGUUGCUUAUAGGUUUAAGUGUAUGUGAUCUGUUUGCUACUUCCCAUUUUUAUAGACGUGGAAGGAAGUACCCCCUAAUAAGAGAUGAGAUAAACAUAAUUUGUAUUUGGUAUAAACCAUGUUUUGGUUGGGGAUGUUUGUAAACUAAAAAACAGAUUCAGAAAAAAAACAGUAAUACCCUAAACUUUGACUAAAAUCGCGAGGAUUAGAGCAACUCACAUAACUAGGAGUUUCAUUCAGUUUUCAUUUUUCCCCAUUUUCCAGACGGUCAAGAUACUCUAUAAUUAGAGUCCGUCAUUGAUCACAGUGAAAAAAAAUUAACGUGCACUGGAGGUAUUUGAAUGAGAAUUGUUUUCUCUUUCUCCAUUUGAAAACAUUGAUCCACGCAUGCAGGAAGAUGCUCAGAACAUACCCAAAGCGGCGGAAAAAUAGCGGAAAGAUCACAACAUAAAAUCUAUCACAACGGGCAAAAAAAACCGAAACAGUUAGAUACAAACAACAUCCAGGCAAAAGACCUUCAACCGGGAAAAAAAAGAAUCGUAUUUUCUACUGAUGAUCAUUUUUCAAACAACAGUGAUUCUUGCAGCCUUUUUCUACACAAUAUGAAAGCAAUUAAAAAUUAAACGUAAUGUAUUUCGUACAAGUAUUUAUAUUUGCUAAUAAUGUAAAUCUUUGUUAGUUUAAAUAAAGAUAGUUUCUAGUGAUAAAAA